GUGAAACCCCCCAAGAAAACGUUUUGUUAGAAAACUGUCCACCCACCCUUUUUUUGAGCUCAUUUCCGCCUCUUGAGCUAAGAAAGCAACACAGGCUUUUGACAGGUGGCUGCUGUGGACAGCCUCCUCAAAGACCAUUUAUUCUCCAAGCACAGAGAAAAGCAGAGGGGCAGGAGGUAAACACACGACUGUCUGCACUGGCUCUGCCUGGUGCUCCAGGGUGGGAUUCGCUGCCUGCUUGAGUUAGAAUCUCCAUCGAAUCUGAGUAGGGUCGAGCACCCAACCCUCGAAGAGCAGCUGGGUCAGAAGGUACAAAUUAUUCAGCCAUUCGCCAAAGCCCAUGCAGUGGUCAGAAGUGGGGAUAUUUCAACAGAGACAAUAUUUCCUGAUAGAAGAGGUGUCGGUCAUCUUAUCUCAGACACAAGGACGGUGCCUUCACACCCAGCUCCCUGCCUGUCACCUUUGCUGGCUAUGGCUGAGGGGGGAGUAAUCGACACUUAUCUCACCCACCCGGCAGGCUCCCUGCCCAGCGACAGGUCGGCCCCGGCUCAUCAUCACACUUGUCCGCAGUGCCCGCUUUGGCAUCGGGUGGGCUGGGCCGGGAACAUCGUCCUGCUGGGAGCUGUGAUAGUGUUGGCUGUCCUGGUUGGCCAGUGCCCAUCCCAGACUCGCCUGACGGCAGCCGUCCCGCAGAUAAAUGAAAACACACCAGCAUGCAACCGUACAUUGGAGAGUUUCCGAUCUUGCCUGAAACGAAAUUUGUAUGGGGUGGAAAACAGCUCAGCAGAGGGCUCCGAGUGCAAACUCUGCCCCAGGCACUGGGUGCUACACAUGGACAAGUGCUACUGGGUUUCUAAAGAGAAUAAAUACUGGCGCUGGGGCCGUGACGACUGCUCACAGAGGGGAUCUGACCUUCUAGUGAUCCAGGACCGGGAGGAGCUGGAGUUCGCACAGAAUCUUACAGGAAAUCAAAAUCCGGUGUGGAUUGGACUCAGCAUCACCUCCUCAGGGAGGAUGUGGACCUGGGUGGAUGGUUCCCCAUUAAAUCAAAUGCUGUUCACGGUAUCGGGUCCUGCUGAAGAGAACAGCUGUGCUGCAGUAAAGAAGACUCAGAUCAAGUCUGAAAUCUGCAACACUCACUAUAAAUGGAUUUGCCAAAAGGAAGCUGUGCUCAUUUAAAUGGAUGGAUUGGCCUCUGUCUGCAUAUAUGGAAUGCAGAACAUCCUGUGUCCUCAUCUCUAUUUCAGCUAACAAAGCCUCAGGCAGCGUAAAUCUGGGUAACGCCGAUAAAGUGAAUGGCGCAAUGCUGAUUUUUUACAUCCAUUGGGGGUCUUGGCCCUUUGACUCCAAUGGAGUUACGGCCAGUUCACACCAGCUGGGAAUCUGGCCCUUUGAUUAUUUAAAAAAUAAAUAAAUGUAUAAUUUUUUCACACAGUGCUUCUAA